AUGCGCCCAGAGAGAACUACAACUCUGAGGGGAACCUGCGCUGGAGCAGAAGGCACUGCAGCCCGUGGUGGGUCCCAUGCUGGUGGGAAGGACUCGCAUUGCGCAGGAGGAUGGUCUCCUCUAACAGAAGAUGAAAUUGCAACUAUUCUGAAAUCUACUCUUAAAGGACUUGAAUAUUUGCACUUUAUGAGAAAAAUACAUAGAGAUAUAAAGGCUGGAAACAUCCUUCUUAACACUGAGGGACAUGCAAAAUUAGCUGAUUUUGGUGUGGCUGGCCAGUUAACAGAUACAAUGGCAAAACGUAAUACUGUUAUAGGAACGCCGUUUUGGAUGGCUCCUGAAGUAAUACAAGAGAUUGGCUAUAACUGUGUGGCAGACAUUUGGUCCCUUGGUAUAACUUCAAUAGAAAUGGCUGAAGGAAAGCCUCCGUAUGCCGAUAUUCAUCCAAUGAGGGCUAUCUUUAUGAUUCCUACAAAUCCCCCUCCAACCUUCCGGAAGCCAGAGCUCUGGUCUGAUGAAUUCACAGAUUUUGUGAAGAAAUGCUUAGUGAAAAAUCCUGAACAAAGAGCUACAGCAACACAGCUGCUACAGCAUACAUUUAUUAAGAAUGCCAAGCCAGUUUCAAUUUUAAGGGACCUGAUCACUGAAGCUAUGGAGAUUAAAGCAAAGCGACAUGAGGAACAGCAGAGAGAACUAGAAGAGGAAGAAGAAAAUUCGGAUGAAGAUGAGUUGGACUCCCAUACCAUGGUGAAGACCAGUUCAGAGAGUGCUGGUACCAUGAGGGCCACAAGCACAAUGAGUGAAGGUGCUCAGACAAUGAUUGAACACAACAGUACUAUGCUAGAAUCAGACUUGGGGACCAUGGUAAUAAAUAGCGAUGACGAUGAAGAAGAAGAUGGGACCAUGAAAAGAAAUGCUACUUCACCGCAAGUUCAAAGACCUUCUUUCAUGGACUACUUUGAUAAACAAGAUUCCAAGAAUAAAAGCCCUGAAAACUGUAAUCAGAACAUGCAUGAACCUUACCACAUAUCCAAAAAUGUUUUCCCUGAUAACUGGAAAGUCCCUCAAGAUGGAGACUUUGAUUUUGUAAGUAC